CUGAGCAGCUGGAGGACGGUUGCUUGGUAUUAUUAACAAGCGGGAAGUAUGGCGGUGGCACGCGCCGAUGCAGCUUUGCCUCCUGGAGAAGGAUCAGUGGUCAAUUGGACAGGGCAGGGGCUUCAGAAGUUAAGUGCAAACUUACCCUGUGAAGCAGAUACUCAUACUUUGAUUCUGGAUAAAAAUCAGAUUAUUAAAUUGGAAAAUCUUGAGAAAUGCAGACGAUUAAUACAGCUGUCAGUGGCUAACAAUCGGUUGGUACGGAUGAUGGGUGUGGCCAAACUGACCCAACUGCGUGUGUUAAAUUUGCCUCACAAUAGCAUUGGCUACGUGGAAGGGCUAAAGGAGCUAGUACACUUGGAGUGGCUGAAUUUGGCAGGAAAUAAUCUCAAGGCCAUGGACCAGAUCAGUAGCUGCACAGCUCUACAGCACCUCGAUUUAUCAGACAAUAACUUAUCCCAGAUAGGUGAUCUAUCUAAAUUGAUAUCACUGAAGACCCUGCUUUUGCAUGGGAACAUCAUCACCUCUCUUAGAACAGCACCGGCUUAUCUACCCAGAAGCCUUGCUAUCCUUUCUUUGGCAGAAAAUGAAAUUCGGGACCUAAAUGAGAUCUCUUUCUUGGCAUCCUUAACUGAAUUGGAACAGUUGUCGAUCAUGAACAAUCCUUGUGUGAUGGCAACACCUUCCAUUCCAGGGUUCGACUAUCGGCCAUACAUCGUCAGCUGGUGCUUAAACCUCAGAGUCCUAGAUGGAUAUGUGAUUUCUCAGAAGGAAAGUUUGAAAGCUGAGUGGCUCUAUAGCCAAGGCAAGGGGAGAUCCUAUCGGCCUGGCCAGCAUAUCCAGCUUGUCCAGUAUUUAGCUACAGUCUGUCCUCUCACUUCUACACUGGGUCUUCAAACUGCGGAGGAUGCCAAGCUGGAGAAGAUUCUGAGCAAGCAGAGGUUUCACCAGAGGCAGUUGAUGAACCAAAGCCAAAAUGAAGAGUUAUCUUGUCUUCCUCCUGUUGAAACAAGAGUACCAGAGCAUUCAAGCCCUGUUCAAGAUUGCCAGACAGUCCAGGAAAGUGACCCUGUCAUCCAAGUCAAUUCUUGGGUUGGUAUGAGCAGUAAUGACGAUCAAUUAUAUGCCAUUAGGAGUAACUUUCCAGUCUCUGCACACACUACGAGAUAUUCUCGAAAUGACCUGCACCUGGAAGACAUACAGACAGAUGAGGACAAGUUGAACUGUAGUCUUCUCUCUUCAGAGUCUACUUUUAUGCCAGUCGCAGCAGGACUCUCUCCAGUAUCACCUACAGUUGAGCUGAAGCUUCAAGGCCUAGCAGAUGAUGGUGAUGGAGGUGAAUCUGUGAAAGAGCAGGAAGACCAGGACAUGGAUAAGGAAGGGGAAAAAGUGUUUUGGGCUGCAAAUGAGAAUUCCAUUGAGAUGAUGAAAAGUACAGUUAGUGCAGAGGUAAAUGAGAAAGAUGGGCUGUUACCUUGUCCUGAGCCAACAGUAACCAGCGCUGUCUUGAAAGGUGACUCCCUCAGUCUUACAUCUUUUUCUGACUCAGUUGGACACAAUGUCUUUCAUACACAGCCAGACAGUGAAGAAAUCAUGUCUGAAAGUGCUUCAGAGGAACUUCUCUGCAUGGCUUUAACCCAGAGAUCUGUUGCUUUGGGACAAGAUAAAGUUACCCUUCAGAAAUUGAAUGAAGCAGCCACAACACUGCAGGCCUGUUGGAGGGGAUUUUAUGCCAGGAAUUACAACCCUCAAGUUAAAGAUGUGCGUUAUGAAAUCCGGCUGCGUAGAAUGCAGGAGCACAUUGUCUGCCUCACUGAUGAAAUAAGGAGAUUAAGAAAAGAAAGAGAUGAAGAACGUAUUAAAACUUUUGUACAAGAAGAGGCUGUCAGAUUCCUUUGGAACCAGGUAAGGUCUCUACAAGUUUGGCAACAGACCGUGGACCAGCAUCUAAGUUCCUGGCAUACUGAUGGUCCUCCUGCAUCAAGUACUGUGGUGCCAUCUGUACAAGAAGAGGCUCCAAAUGGAAUGACUCCAUUUUUCACCCAAAGCCAGGAACCCUCUUCUGAUCAAAGUUCUGAUGGGUGCAUUGUUCCUGGCGAAGCUCCUCAAGAGAAAUCCUCACCAGAAUUUCCAGACUCUGGUUUUCAUUCCUCCCUAAUAGAACAAGUUCACUGUUUGCAUGAUUCUUUGGAUUUUGAAAAAAGUUCCACAGAAAGCAGUGUUAGUUCUGUAAUGGGGAAUUCCAUUGACACAGUCAAAUAUUGCAAAGAGGCAGAUAUGGAGGAUGUUAGUGAAGAACAUAGUGAGCAGAGUAAGGAAAGCUCAAACAAUGAGCUGGAUAAUAAUCUACUUGAACAGUAUUUAACUUCAGUUCAAGAGUUAGAAGAUUCAGAUGAGAGGACAAAUUUUGCUGAAGGGGCAGGAGAUAGUAUGCUUCACAUGGCUUCUUCCCCUGAAAAGCUAGAAGGGUCUGACAGUGCUUCUGUUGAUGAUACUCGUGGCAUACCUCCUACUUUGCAAGAUGAAAACAGACAGACUCCAGAGGAUUGUAAAUUGAAUACAGAAGUUCAAGGGCAGCAGUCAGAAUGUGAUUCUACAUUUCAAGUAUUGCAUGUUGGUAUUACUGUGUAGCAUGUCUGGUUGCUUCAGAAGCAGAAAUCCACUUUU